AUUAGGAUAGCGGCGGGUUGCUUUCUGUUCUGUUAGUUUCUGUUCAGUGAAAACACGCUUAUUUCGUCUAGCAAUGCAUUAAAUAAUUGAGAGGACGACAAUUUACAACGAACGAGUUUUAGUCACCUCAGCACCUGUCAAUCAAUUAAAAUAAAAGAAAGUUCCAAACUGUAAAUGGAGGACCUUAUCGGUAAAGUCGUCGAUAAGAUUCGAUCCGAUGUAACAGCAGCUGACCUGCAGUGGAGUCUUUUCCAGGCAGCGUUGGGAAGCUACAGGCAUGACAGUGUCCUCAAACCUUUCCCUUCUGCAUUGCUGUCAGAUACCGGUCAAAAUGAUGAAAAAGACUUCGCUGCAUUGAAAUCAAUGGCGGAUGAGAUCCCCAGCUUGAGAUCUUUGCUUCAAUCGCAGGCAAAGAGGAAAGACUUGUCUGAGCAAGCUUGGAGGCUUCUUAGCUGGGUCUUACUACAGAAUCCACUCACUGUCACAACUCAUGAACGAUCAAAGUUUUCAGCAAUACAGGAUCUUACUGGUGAAUCAAGCUAUCAAGUGACCCCAAGCUACGUCUUUGAGGUGCAGUAUAACUCUGCCGCUAAUCAGAGGUUUGAAGAGCUACGUCAGGCUAAGGAUCUGAUGUAUGCAUACCAUGGAAGCAGAUUGGAUAACUUCUACUCCAUCAUUCACAACGGCCUGUAUGCACAUAUGAACAAGAACUCAUUAUUUGGAGAGGGCACCUAUCUAUCCAGUGACAUCUGUGUGUCCAUGCCAUACAGCCCUGUCGGCAAAGGCUGGGAAGGUAGCAGUCUAGGUACCACACUAAGCUGUGUUCUAGUGUGCGAACUGAUUGACCACCCAGAUGUGAAGUGUCAGACUAGAGAUCGCAGCAGUAGUAAUACAGAUGGACCAAGACGAAGCCAUGCCCCAAAGAGUGUUGGAGGGGAAGUCCCUGAGAAGUACUAUGUCGUCACUAAUAAUGAAGUGGUUCGAGUCAAGUAUGUUCUUGUUUUCGCCGACAGCGCCAAGCCAAAACGGUUAGCACAGUCAAGGUCAAAGGUCACAACCUUUGUAUGCAACCACAUCUUCGCCCUGUGUAUGUUUGGAUACCUGCUUGUGCUUCUGCUCAUUGGACUUAUGAACUCGAGAACAUUCCAGACGUUUUACAGGAAGAAUUUUGGUUCCAGAUCGUGAUGUAAGAUUCCAACAUCAUGAUUCACAUCGGGGAAGUUGAGCACCAAGUGAUUAAAGACUUCCAUCAACUUCCUGACUGCUGUGAAUGUGAGAUUAUGGAAAGGAGAGCAAUCAAGACCAGUGUACGUCUCUUGUGGGUUUCUUUCUCCUGGUCUCAAAGGUACUGAGGUACUUGCUUUCUGGCGACAUCGGUGAUUAAAUUGUUUUUCACAAGGCCGAACGGCCACUUCAAGGUGAGGGCUACACUUAACUGAUUCAGGCUAUUGUGGCUAUCAAACCAAAUCAACUGUCACCAGGGACACAUUGUCACCUACUCCUGGGGCUGAAACAGGGUUACCC